GGCGACUCUACAGCGUUCCGACAAGUACUAUGAAAAGUUUCAAUCGUGUCGAACAAUUAAUCGCGGUGAAUCAUAAUAGAAAAUAACAGAACGGCGCACAGGAAUCGAUUUUUAUUUUAUACUUACAUGCGAUGAUCCAGAAACAGAGAAUUGAGAAACUUUUUGAUAACACUGGACAAUGAUGGAAUAACCUAUUAUAGAUGUCGUAUAUAUAGUUGUAUUGUUAUGUCGUUUGACAUAUUAUACCGGAUUUUGUAUCCUAUAUGAUAUUUUAAAUAAAAGGAGUAGGAUUGCAACGAUGUCGAGACCACCGGAUCCGAAAUUUCUGUUGCGCGGUGACAUGGCUGAAAACGUGCACAGUUUGUUGUUCUCAAUUAAUUCCGACGUCGAACACCUUUACGCCGGUGAUGAGAAAGGCACAGUUCACAUUUGGGAUUUAAAGACGAACAGAAUAAAAUGUCAGUUAUCGGAUGGACACAGUCCAUGUUUUAAUUUACAUACAACCAAUGAGGCUGAUUUGAUAGUACAAAGAAGACAUGGAAUAAUUGAUAUGUAUAAAAUAAAUGAAUCAAACUGGAUUUUAGAUAGAAGCAUUAAUUAUGAAUACUGCAGUUUUUGCAGGUCUCAAUUAUUAUCUGAAAAGGAUGCAAUGUUGAUUCCACUUGAUAAUUCUGUAGUAGGGAUAUUAUCAUUAAAGACAUUUGAAGUAGAAUCGACAUUAAAUCCAUCCAAACUAUCUUAUAGUAACAAAUUAGGUACCAUAAUGGCUAUGAAACCAUUGGCGGAUAUGAACGGCUUGGUUCUGGUUGCUUAUGAGGGUGGUCAAUUAUUGUUGUGGGACAUGAAAAAGAAUGAUGUCCUUAAUUCUCUCACAGUGGAACACUAUCCAAUGACUUUUGACUUUGACUCUUCUUUGAUGCAAGGCAUUCUUGGUAGUGCUUCAGAGAAAUUGGAGAUUUUUGAAAUGUCACCAAGUCAUAUUUUAUCUCACAAAUCUAUAAAACUCUUGGACCAUGUUUCUGGUAUAUCCAUUCUUUCUGUAAGACCGGAUAAAAAGAUUGUCACAGCCGGCUGCUGGGAUGGACGUAUGAUGUUGUUCUCUUGGAAAAAGUUACGGCCACUUGCAAUAUUAAAAGAGCAUAAAGCGACUGUAUAUGAUAUUGUUUAUUCACAGUGUAAAGUCGAGUCUUAUGACACUAAGUGUCUAAUGGCAGCAACUGGUAAAGAUGGCUAUAUAUCUAUGUGGGAUAUAUACAAUUAAGAAUCACAAAUAUAGUUCUGUACUAAGCAAAAAAUGUAAAAAUAUAUAUUGCAGUGUUCUAAGA